GCCGAACGAACGCGCUUGAUUCGAAUUUCGAACGAGAAAUGUCAGAUUGACUUUUUUAUUUUUAAUUAAUACACGAUGUGGGCUUGGGCGUUUUGCCUGCUCGCGGCGUUUUUGGGCGCGGAAAGCGCGGGCGCGGGCGCCGCGCGGCUUGUGUGUUACGUAGACAGCGCGCGCGCUACUGAAGGCUUUUCCGAGUGCACGCAUUUGGUGUACGCGGGAGACGCGAGAGGAGAGAAGCUAGAGUCGCUGCUGAAGGAGUAUAGGAAAAACAACCCGAGGCUGAAGAUUGUGCUGAGAGUCGCUGAGGGGGACAAGGACUUCCGCACGCUAGUCAAGUCGAAGCACGUGCAAGGUUUGGAGAUCAACGAUGCCCACAAAUCGCUCAACAAAUCCAAGAUCCUGGAGACGGUUGAAGAAGCAAGGUCUGCCAUCAGCUCAAACGGAGGUGGCCCGCUGUUCCUGGCUCUGCCGGCCAACCCUGAACUCCUGGCCAAGUAUUAUGACCUGAGGGUGCUGGUCAAGAAGGUGGACCUGAUGAUGGUUCAGACUCAUGCUUUAGGCGCGAUGAAGAAGAUGACGUACCACGCGAGUCGACUAAGCGGACUUUGGGAUAUGAUGAACACGGAUUCCGUAGUAGACCUAGUGGUGGGUCUUGGCGUGCCUGCAUCCAAGGUGGUGAUUAGUCUGCCAGCCACCGCUCGCCAGUUCACCCUGGUGAAUGAGACCCUCAGUACUCCUGGCAGUCCAGCACGAGAUGAUGAGCCCAAGGAGAUUGACCAGGCAGAGCUGUGCCGACUGCUGCAGAAGGGUCGGUGGACUUUGGAGAGAGACCAGGACCUGUCGGGACCUUACGCUUUUAAGAACACUACAUGGAUAUCAUUCGAAGACUCCUCGUCAGUGGACGUGAAAGGCAAGUACGCGAGGGUGCGCGGCUUGGCCGGUCUUGCCCUGCAUAGGGCUGAGCUGGACACCGAGACUCCUUGCGGGCCUACCCUCAAGCAGUCGCUGGCUAAAGUGCUCAACCAGCAGAGUAGAGCGCCUAGAGCUGCGGUUUUGAGGUCUUUGGAACACGAGAUCCUUUCAGCUCCAGGCCACGCGCGAGCGCUGGACGCUCUCCAGGUUUCUCCCUACCGCAUCACACAGGUUGUGGACUCCGACGGCGUCAUUCACUCUAUAAGAGAGGACACGCGGACAGAGUUCACUUGUUCCAGACAAGGCUAUUUCGUGCAUCCACGCUCCUGCGCCCGUUUCUACCGCUGCGUUAAGUUCGACCAACUCUCUCCAGAAUACACCGUAUUCGAAUUCGACUGUCCAGCUGGUCUCGCUUUCGACUCUCGCUACGAAGUGUGCGUGUGGCCAGGAAGCCUCCCACACUCGCAGGCCUGCCCCGGGUCCUCUGAGAUCGCUCCCGUGCCUCAGACUAGGUUCAUCUGCCCUGAACAUGAAGGCUACUACGCCGACCCUGAGAACUGUCGUUGGUUCUUCGCAUGUCUCGACCACGGGAAGGCACCGCUCACGGCUUACGAAUUCCGCUGUCCAUUCGGACUUGGUUUCGAUGCAGCCCGACUUAAGUGCGACUGGCCCUGGCUGGUACCAGCUUGUGGAAACAUUGCAAGAUACGAAGCUGAGGCGCACGGGUUCUCUGGUGCUGCUCUUAGUGGUGCAGUAGGCUUCCAAGGCCAGACAGCUGACUCCAUCAACGUGGCGGCUCACCAGAGCCUCGUCUCCGGCGCCUCUCUCGACAACCUUGUCGGUAUCCAGAACGGUUUCCUCACCAAAGACGACUCUUUGGACUCCAACUUCAUCGCCUCCCAGGAACUUUCUAACGGUGCCUAUUCGGGAGGCCAGGGCUUUGAAAUUAGUCACGGUUCCUCUGGAUUUGGAGACGGUCAAGGUUUGGCAUACCAAGUAGGCGACGCUACCUUCACUCAGGGCAAUGUCGGAUUAGUCCAGCCGACGAAGUAUAGCAAUGAACAGAAGUACACCAGCGGCUCUCUCAUCUUAGAUGAUUACAGGCUCCCCACUCAAGGCAAACAUGGUCAUGGCAAGGCUCAAAACCUAGUUCAGUCCAAUUUGCAACAGAAUGGACAAUACAAUGGCUACAAUGGAUAUUCUUCCGGAAAUGUGGCAAAAAUUCAAUACCAGAAAGUAGAAAGUGGUAGUUACGAAGAUAACUCUGGAGCGUACGUGCAUGAUCCGUCGGGAGAUUACGCGGAACCUUACAGACACGAAGACUCACCGGCUGCGCCAUACGUCCACAGCGACUCAGGUUACAAACAAUCGAGCGAUUACUAUGACGUCAACAGGUAUUCAGGUUCUUCUUCUGGAAGUUAUGGUGGCAAAUAUGUCGAACAGGGAGGUAACGAUGGAAAGUAUGUGGAACUAAACAGUGGACAGUAUGCUCAUGACAAUUCAGGAGCCUACGUUGAAUCCGGAACAUCUGGUAGCGGAUACAAUGGCAAUGCCGGCUCUUACAGUUAUAGUACUGGAAACUCUGGCGUUUACAGCGGAAAUGGCGAUGUCAGCGGUAGCUCUGGAUCAUACAGCUACAGCAGCAAUGGAUAUAAAGACAACUCCGGUGCCUACAAUGCUGAUUACUCGGGAUCAUACAAAAAUGACGAUGCUGGAAAAUACGUAGCUGGAGUCUACAGGGCUGAUGGUCACAUUGGUUCUAAUGCUGGACUAAGCGGCAGUUCUCAGAGCCAACUGAACAUAGAUCACGGAACUUACAGUAUAGCUAAUUCAGGAAACUAUUUGAGUGACUCUAAGGCUUACACGGGAGCUUCUCACACAUUAACAGCUGGUGCUAUUAAUGUGGGUUUAGUAGGAAAGACCACAUUGGUUGACGCUGACUACUCUAACCAAGGUGAUUAUCAAGCUGGCUCUAACGGGUAUAGCUUUGGUUCUACAGUGAGCCACGGUGCUACUCACCAAACGGUGCACCCUGGACAUGUGUCAUACAUAUCGCAACCUGCGGUAUCCAUCCAUCAUCUUGGCACUGAUGGAAACAAUUUAGAUGGAUACGAGUUCGCGACCACUCCAACAUCUUCAGGAAUUCCUACCACAGCAACUCCCUUCGCUGUUACAACAGCUAUACCAGUAACCACGUACAGGACAACAUUUGUACCUGAACCUCCUAAAACUAGUAUCAAACAAAUUUUCACACAUACGCAACCAGAAGUGACUUACGUGAAACCAGCAGUGGUUGCUGUGAAACAAUACGUUACGCCAAAGGUAGAAGUAUCUGAUUACAACCAGGGCAUAAACGUAGACAAUGGUUACUCAUACUCAUCUGGUGAUUAUUCCACUCAAUCCUCAACUAAAUCAGAAUCUGGUUAUGUCUACAACAAACCGAGCGUUAAAUUCGAGGAAGGAGUCACAUAUUCGACCCCAGCUCCUGUUGUUUCUGUCUCUACUUACAAACCUCAAGGCUUCAGUCAUAGUCAGCAAACGCUUCAUAAAGUAGAAUCUGUAGGAUUUGAAUAUUCAACACCUACACCGAUUUAUGAAGAGCCUUUUAAGAAAAUCGUGGCUUACACUACUGGGCCAUCAGUGAGCACGUACGUUCAGCCUACAGUUGCUACUGUACCUCAAUCUUUCAGUCACCAAACCAUUCACAAAGUAGAAACCAAUCAUGCUUACACUCCGUCAGUUGAAGUGGGCAACGAUUACUCAAAAUCUGAAAUCAGUUAUCAACAACCAGAAACCAUUGUUCAGUAUACAACGGCUCAGCCAGCGGUUGUAUCCUCCACGUACGCGCCCCAAGUCAUCAGUCAUCAAACGUUACAUAAAGUUGAUGCCAGCAAAAUCAAUGCUUAUUCGCAAAACUCAGAGUCAGGAUAUGAAUAUAAACAACCUGAAAUCAAGUUUGAAGAAGGUUCUAAGGUCUUCGAAUAUUCCACCCCUGCACCAGUAGUGUCUUCGACCUACCAACCUCAGGUCUAUAGCCAUCAGACUAUUCACAAGUUUGAGACUAAACACGCCGUUCCUGUGUCAUCUACAGCCAGUCCUGAAGUAGCUAUUUCCUAUCAACCAGCCGUGACCGUGUAUGAAAACCCCAUUAUCAAGUAUACUCAAAAACCGACUCCGAUAACUUACGUAGAGUCUUUAUACAAACCUCAGUCGUACAGUCAUCAAACAAUUCACAAGACUGAGACCAAAUCUUACACACCCUCUGUUGAUGUCGGCUCAUAUGAAUCAAGUGUUUCUUAUGAACAGCCAUCAGUAGUUCAUCAUUACACCACUGCUCAACCAGCGCUUGCUGUUCAGCAAGUUGUGUCGACUUACCAACCUCAAGUGAUCAGUCAUCAGACUCUGCACAAGGUAGAAGCAAGCAAAGUCAACACAUAUUCGCACGAAGCUCAAUCUGGUUACGAGUAUCAGAAACCACAGGUAUCCUAUGAAGAAUCAGGGUAUGAAUACAACAAACCUGCGGUUAAGUACGAAGAAGGUCCUAAGGAAUACAUCCAGUAUACUACUCCUACACCAAUCCAAGUAUCAACUUAUAAACCACAGACAUACAGCCACCAGACAAUCCACAAAGUUGAAACACAAAAAUACGUGCCGGUAUCUUCAACUGCCCUCCCACAAGUGGAAGUUUCUUAUCAACAACCCACUGUUUCUGUGUAUGAGAACCCCCUAUUUAAAUACUCUGAGCCUGCUGUUACGCCAGCAACUUAUGUAAAGCCCACUCCUAUUGUUUACACUCAAACUUUUAAGCCAGUUGUAGCUCAACAUGAAGUAACUCACAUAAGUCAGCCAGUGCAAUACCAAACCAACGACGACCAAUCGUAUUCUCACCACAACAUUCAAUUCAGCCAAGAGGGUUAUUCGUAUAGUCAGCCGGAGAUACAACGAAAUGAAGAAAACUUGAAUGCUGCUAAAUCUUAUUCUGAUGCUAGUGUAGUGUCACAUCAAGUAUUCCACCAAACUCAUGUGCCAGCGCAAACAGAAAAAGUAGUGUUUGUAUCUACUUCCCCGUCAACUCUUGCUUACGAAGAGCACUACAGUGAGUACGACUCCUCAAAGAAAGACACAUAUAAGGCUCCCGAAUACAUUCCACCAAAAACUGAUUACCAACAAUCUUAUUCUGUAGUGUCUACUGCUUCGACUCCCAUAGUUCAGCAUAAUAGUGCAGUUUACCACCAAACUCAAGACCAAAGUGAUUACCAAUCAUCUGGAUACUCUCAACAGUACGAUUCUGUUCCUGUACAACAAGUUUCAUUCAGUACAUCUCAUGUGACGCAACCUAAGAAAGUCGUUACAAAAUACAAGCAAGUCGGAUACCAGUCCCCUGAGAUUCAAGUUGCAUACAAAGCCGAAGAGUAUCUACCACCAGUACUUUCUACAGAAACACCAUACAUUGUUUCAUCCACUUACAAACCUUCGACAUAUUCUACAGCCGCCACUACUCGUGAGUAUCUUCCUCCGGUUUCUGAAGUCAAAUACGAAGUUGAUAACUCUUAUCUCCCACCUCCCACCACCGCUAGACCUAUCGUGAAGUCUACGACACAGGCACCUACUUACAAAUAUGUUGAGUCGACCACAAAAUACCAAGCUCCAGACUAUUUGCCACCUCAAGAAGAUAGCAACUCGAAGACAGUACAUUUUGAAAGCUUCGGAUACAACAACUACGAUGGAUACGACUCUAAAGUGCAAUACAAUCCAUACCAAGAAUACAAAUCUGCGGAAGACACUGUUGUAUCGUCUACUUAUGCCCCAGUUCAAAGGAAGCAAAACAUUGUAGUUGAAACUGUUAAGUCACAUUUACUUGGAUUCGGUACAGUAGGCCCAGACGCUGGACUUGUGUCACCUGCUUCUUACACCACAGCCGCACCAGUUGUUUCCACAACGUACAGACCUAUUAAAUAUACAACGAGCGCUCCUACUUACAAAUACGUUCAGUCGACUACAGAAUACAAAGCACCUGAAUAUUUGCCUCCUUCUGAAGAAACUGAAAGCGCUGCCAAUUUCGAAAGCUUCGGAUACAAAAAUGUUGAGUCAUCUAAGAUUAAAUAUAAUCCUUACGAAGCAUCAGUAGACACUUACCAAGCGCCAGUUGAAAGAAAACAUAACAUAGUAAUUGAAACAGCCAAAUCUAACCAACUUGGAUUUGGAAUAGUGGGACCUGACGCUGGGCUUGUAUCGCAAGUUUCUUACACAACAUCGGCACCUAUUGAAGUUAGCAGUCAAACAUAUUCCGUACCACAACGGGUUUCAACGCCUGUAUACAAACAAGAACUAGUCGAAGUUACUCCAUCACCUGCUUACCUACCGGUGCGACGAACCAAGCCUAAGGUUGCUGUUGUGACCAAAAUAAACGACUUCAACCCUCUUCUCGUGAGGAAAUUGGGUGCUGUAUGCAGUUGUCAAUCGCCUGUCCUAGUUCUCAAAGGAAGAAGACCUAAUGUGCAAGCAGAACAGGACUUCGAUGACUACAGUAAUGAUUAUGAUGGUCGUGGUGAUAUCAACGACAACCAAUGGGCCCAGAAGACUGCCAGAAUACGUACAGCGGCUACAGCUGCUCCCAUUGUCUCUUCUACAUUGAAUCCUAUCAUCGUGCCUGAUGACUCAUACUACCAGGAUCUUCAAGACGGCUAUGAGUCUAGAGAUAAACAAGUUUACUCAAACGGUUAUGUUUCAAGCACAUCUGCCGUAUUUUCAACAACUGAAAAGAUUGUUAAACUUAGGCCAAGAAUUAAGUCUGUGACGGUUGCACCUACAUACAAAACUGUCUUGUUAAAUCAAGAAGUGGCGCCUACUGUAAUUACGAAGCAAGCGGGAGGCGAAGCUUCGGCUGUAGACUCUCAAGCAUUUGAUAGAUAUGGCCCUGGUGGUUGGAGAAGCAGAGACGAGACUCUACAGGGUUCCGUAGAUUGCCAGAGGGCUGGGUUGUUCCGUCAUCCCAAACAAUGUAACAAAUUCUACGCUUGCAGAUGGGACUGUACCAAGCAGAGGUUCACUCUUCACGUUUUUAACUGCCCAGUUCAACUAAGCUUCGACGAAAGCUUGGGAGCAUGUAACUGGCCCAGCCAAGGACCUGCUUGCCAGGGUGAUACGCUUCUUACCAAUACUCUUUAAAUACAAGUGAUAAAUCGUUAAAUCUGUGCCAUUGAAAACAUGUUACCAUCAAUAAAAUCUCAAUUUUCACUAAUUAAGAUAAUGAUGUGUCUCUCUUCUUGUAAUUUUAGAAGCUUAUUUAUUUGUUUGAUUUUGUUAAUGUUAUUUCGUAGUUAUUUAUUAAUCAUUUACAUUCCGCUUCUGUCUUGCUAAGGGUUUUUACUUCUAUCAAUUCAUCGGUUGAACAUAAGUUACCACUGCCUAGUUUAUUAAUAUGUUACGAUUUGUAAAAUAGUAAAGUCAUGCUUUUGUAUUUUUAUAAAUUAAUUUAGAAUUGAUACGCUGUAAUUGUAAAUAUAUCAUUUAUUAAAAUGAA